AUGAAAAUGGUUCAUGUCUUGAUCUUGAUCUUGAUCUUGUUCCUAAUUGUACAAGCAUCAUCUUGUAAUGAUAAAACAUCAUCUUCCAAGUUUGUUAAACAAUUUAUGGGCUCCAAGAGAGGCGAUACAGUCAAAGGGCUUGAACAAGUAAGGAUUUACCUUUCCAAGUAUGGUUAUAUGAGUCCCUCCACAGAUGGUCACUACCAAAGGAGUCUCGACACAUUUAAUGACUUAAAUGUUUUUGAUCACGCCUUGAAAAAAGGUAUCAAGAAAUUUCAACUAUUCUUUAAUACAAAUGUUUCAGGGAUUUUAGACAACGAGACUUUGUCAAUAAUGGUGAAACAUCGAUUUAACUUCCCUGAUUUGGUCAAUGGAACUUCCAUCAAGCACGGGAUGAAGUUAGUCCGGGACCCCUUUAACAAUUCAUACUUUGCGUUUCUAGGACCAAAGUGGUCCAAGUACAGCCUAACCUGGGCUAUGCAUAACCAAAUGCCAGUAAUAUUUACUGAACCCCUUGAAUCUGCAUUUAAGACUUGGCAUGAUAACUCCAUGAUUUUUCUUUCCAAAGCUUCUUCAUUUAACACAGCGGAUGUGAAAAUAUAUUAUCUUAAGAGCGACCGCUUCGGUGACAGAUUUGCUCAGGCAUUUCAUCCGCCUUCGGGGACGCUCGAAUUCAACGCAGAGGUUACAUGGGGGAGCAUUGGACACCCUGAUACAAUAGACAUUGAAUCAGCUGCACUGCAUGAGAUAGGACACAUCCUUGGUCUUGACCACAGUGAGGAUCCAUCUUCCAUAAUGUGGCCAUUUCUAGAGAAAGGAGAACUCAGAAGAGUCUUGGGUACUGAUGACAUUCACGGAAUUUUCGAAUUGUAUUUCUAA